GACCACUGUAGUCUGGCUUAACUACCACGGAUACUCGAGUGGCGUGCCUACUAGCCUACUGCAGAAAUCAAAAAAUGCAUGUAGGCAGAAUGGUUGACGAGUCUAGCCUUAGUAAGGCCUUAACGUUCAACGCUCACAUCGAUGGCACUCCUCAGAUCUGAUGUAGAACUUCCGAAUACGAUGCAUUGUACACAGGUUCUCGCUUUGUGCGGAUUCAACCCUACUGAGGCGUGAGAUGAGCGCCUAGGGGCUCUUUAUUAGAGUGGCCAAAUUUCACCUGAAUCAUUUUUCCAUGUCAAAAGAUCAACCUAGUCUGGAAUAUAUCAUCAGUCACGUUUUUCUCCCCCUCAAGUUGCCUCAAGGGAGUGACCAGUCCCUGGAGAACGACCUGUCCUUAUCUUGGGCAGUAUUUGAUGCUGCUAUUACCUUCAGUAACCAGCUGCCGUCCAAUAAGCUACCGCUUUGGACGAGCAGCGUGAAAAUGCUUUGUAAUCUCAAAGAUUCAAUCAAAUUCAGCGUGAUGUCUGCCAAAGAAGUCAAAUCUCAAAUCAAUGCUAUGGACACCAAAGAUGUCCUUGUAUAUAUGAUUCGCGCUCAAAACGCUGCGGUUGUAAUAAGAAGACUCGAAUCCGAAACUAUAUUCGAGUCAUUUGAGGUCUCUCCUGACCCUACCGCAGUGGUGGGCGCAAAGGGAAAGCUGAUAUGUUCCUAUCCUGGACCUGCUAUCACGGUCCCAGAUAUGAACAUUGACAAUGCUACCUUUCCUGCCGAGCUGGCAAAUUUUCUCGUCCACAUGGAUCAAGAUGUCCUCGAUGCAGCAGCGACGAGGAAAAAGGCUAAAUCCAUUGUUCUCGAAGAGAGGGACACCACGCAUCCACGGUAUAUCACAGAGCUCCUGACCGGUAUAUUGCGUGGCCUCGGGAGCAUCGCUGAUGUUCCUCGCAUCCGCAAGCGCAUCGGAGAUGAUGUGCUGUGGGACAGCGCGAAAUUGCCAUGGAGGCGGUCUCCACUCUGGCUUGUCAUUCGCGUUGCCUUACAGACGACUCUGGAGCGCAGUGCUCUCGGACGAACGACGUAUAAAUCGUUCAUGCUGUUCUUCAUGGCGAGGCUCACAACCCUCGCCCUUGACCGUGACUUAUCGAACGACAUUCUACACUUUAUGUCAGCAAAGAUUGCGCGCCGCCUUUUCAAGCUUGGAUCCUCUUCAUCUCCGGAGUUGUCGCAGAUGGUCAGUAAGGUCACAGGUGAUGUGAGGAGUGUCCUGGAGGAAAGAUGGGGAUCUGUUCAGAACGCACAACGGACCUCGCCUCUUUGGGCUCCGGAGACCCUCCGAAUUUUGCGAGAUACCCAUCUUUCCUUGAACACGAGCCGAGAGUACAUCUGCGAAGCUUUACAGAACCAGCAUUCCUCUUCCAAAACAACCUCAUUCAAUCCCAGCCACCACACACGCGGGACAAUCGAUAAUUUCCUUGACGCCGAAGCUAGGUUCUUGACAGCCGCCUAUACCGCAGAACCAUAUCUUGCCCUAGCAGACUUCGAGAUCGCCAUCAGAUUAGGGAUCGAUGACUGGGUGACGCGCGUUCCACUCCGAAGUGUCGAUUCCGCAUGCGUCUCGAUUGAGGCAUGCGCCUCUGCAUACUCUUCGAGAGCGCUUAAAGAUUAUAAAGGAAAUCCGGAGAAUUUGUCUAUCAUGCUUCUCACCCUUUUCGAGCUCUGGGUAGCGAUGGAUAAGAUCGUCGUUGGACAAAUCCCACUUUUGGCAGAAUACUUCCCAGAAAUCCCAUUGACGCUUUGGGGGUGUCUUUUGAUCCGCCAAGCUUCCGCCCUUGAUCGUUUGAAGACAUUGCACGCCUACUUGAAAACUCGUCAUUGCCAAGCUUCCAGCCAUCUGUCAGCAUUCUCAUUUACCAGCAAUGACAAGUCAUUUGCAUCGCGAUAUUUCUACCAGUCAUCCGAGCUACAGAGUUUGAAGGUUCGCAUUGAGGCGGAUGGUCAGAAACAGCGGGAGAAGAAGUUGGCCGAGCUUCGGACCUUAAACAAGAGGUACCGUGACCUGGAGACACGCACAGGCGAUUUAACGCACAAAUACACUGUCAACUCCCGCGGCCGGGAGUGCCACAAGAAAAAGCAAUGUGAAAAGUGUCGCGUGGAGAAGGAGAUGCAAUCCAUGACAAUUACGGUUCACGAGUGGCCGCUACCAAAGCAUGAACAGGAGGCAAUAGUGGUCGUGUUUGAGCUAGCAUGCCCCAUUACGUUCGACAUGUGGAGAUCCAUGACAUUCCAUAUCUUCGUCGACAUCUGUGCUCCAGAAACGAUUUCGUCCACUUGUCCCUUCAUGACACUGCCAAAAUAUGACGCCUUGAAGCAAUAUCGUACAUGCCAUGCAAGACAAAGGAUCACUUUGGCGUCGGAUGCCAAGCCUUUCUCCAAGUCUCAUUACGGCAACACUCACAUUCCUGCGGUGGACACCAAAGUCUGUGUCAAUAACGGGCUUCAACUCCGGCCUUUCGACACAACGACAGAUGCAUGGGUGACAGACGUACUGCUACGAUGUGAUGCCACCAAGUUAUGCACUUUCCUUCUUCCAAAGGGACCAUAUAAUGGUAUGCAGCAGUACCUUGAAGGGACAUCCCACACAUCAAACGAAGUCAUGUCCAAUCAAGUAGGUUGUCACAAGGACAUGACCAUCCACGAAUUCAUCGCGUUCGGAGCCUUGCGGAGUGGACCGCGUUUACAAUGGAUGAAUGUGCUCCGUGAACUUCGUGCAAGGACGCUCAAUUUUCGACGUGAGGAGGUCCACCUACUGCUGACCCAAGCUAUAUCACAGGUCGGCCCAUUUUCGUCCGACGACGGCCUUAUUUGGCACGAGGAGUUGAACAGCAUACCCUUCCUUAUUGCACUACUUGGAGAGCUGGACGAUUUGAUGGCGAGCGUUGAAAGAAAUUGGCUGGAAGCUAUCACUAUCGACACUAUCGUGAUGCUUGUGUGCCGCGUCUUGUCCUCGACUCAGGAACAGAGUGUCAAAAAUCGCGGACAUGCGCUCCUUCGAAGGAUACGAACUGCGGCAUUUACGUUGCUGACGCAACUAUCAGAGAAAAUGCAAGCCAGCAACGACGAAACGGUCAGCCGAGAUUUGCAAGGGCGCGUUCGGGAUAUGGCAGUCACCUGUCGUAGCACUUUCGAUGUCGAUGGAGAUGCUUCACUGCUCCUGACGUCGAACGAUGACAUCAAAGUAUUUGUAUAUUGUGCGGUCAUGAUAUAUGACAACACUCCAAGCCAACUCGACAAUCUUCCACAACAUUCCAAGCUACUACUAGAACGAGAUAAGAGGUGUUGCCACGCAUUAGAACCUAUUAUUCGCCAAUAUGCAGAGUUUCACAGGGAGGGUCUUGAUUGCGCGAUGGCCAAGAUUUGGGGCAGCUACAGACCAGGAACUCCUUGGAGGGCAUUGGCAGCUCCGAAUUCUCGUUGGCUCGUGGCGCAGACUGCACCUUCGAAUUCCCAAUCACCACAGGACGUGCACAUCAAUUUGAUUAGUGGAUGCUUGCUUGUCGACGGGAAGCAGCUGGGGAGGCUCCCUUCAAUUAUAGUGCAGCAUCCCACUUACCAAUCGAUUUUUGGCGAUCAAGUUCUGGACAUUGUUCCAGCUGAUAUUCAUGGAAUGGAAUAUGCAACACGCGGAAACUUCUGUGACCAUCAGGUGUCUUUCGCUCUCCGUGACUCGAACGAUCUCAUCAUCCGUGCGAAGCAUAUCAAAGAUGAUUCACCUAUCCUCCAGCUCAUUCCGAGCCAUAAAUUCGUGAACGACUUACCAACCACCUUGGCCGCGGAACAUACUCAUUGGCUUAACCUGCACACGAGCGAAAUUGAGAUUCGGCCAGCAGACAAUGCGUGGAAAUCUUCAUCUGACAAUUGGGUCCUACGAUUUGCUGUUUCGGGUUCCUCAACGGCGCAGAACUCUAGUGGUGCCACCCUUGUCGACAUACGCAGCCAAACGUGGGACAUGAUCUCCAAGAGGCUGCGUCCUCUGGAAGAUGCAUGCUUUAUCAUGGUCACAUAUAACAAAGCAUCCUGCGAAUGUAGCACUCCCUCAUUAAAGGCUAAUUUGCCUCGAUAUGGCCUCGAGUUCUUCAUCGAUGAGGAUGGAGAAUUGCAGUCCCGUAACAUGCGCAACAUGGUCGUUGAUAUCAUUCAGUCUAGUGGCACAAUGCUAGGAUUAGUCAAUCAACUCAUCCUGCGCCCAAAGUUGCAAGUUGCGGAUGAGAAUCCACGCACUGUCAUAAUCCCAGACGGUCGUAUCUCAUUCUCUGCUAAUGGUCACCAUGUCCGCGUCACCAUCGCUUCUGAAGGUACUCGAGUGACAUACCAGUUGUAUAGGAUUGAUACGGAUCUCCAAUGCCUCACUGGGAACGUGGGUCUCACAAGCAAGCUCUAUCAGGCGCUCCUUCACGCUGUUACCAGCGGCUGUCUCCCUGAUCCCCUGACGGGUCGAACAGGGACAGAGCAGGCUUUGCAUCUCUUGCAUUCCGCAGCUUGCCGAUCGUUUAUGAAGCUUCGCUCUCGCGACGCAGAUCUCUUGCGCGAGAUCAGUUCAUUGUCAACCAGGCGUGUCUGGUAUCCCACUCAUCUUCAGAAGAUGCAGACAGUUUCGUGGUCAUGCCUUGCGCCCCUUGCACAGCACCAUGGUUUUCAUCCAGCCGCGAAAUCUAUCAUGGAUUACGGAAUGAAACUUUCGACUUUCUCAGAAGGGUUUGCAAACCUUCGGGUUGCCUUUGAGCUUCCACGAUUCACCGACCACCUUCUUGAGCGCACUUCAGUUCGUGCCUCGACGAUCUAUCCUGACGAGUUCUCUCUUCCACUUCCGCUUGGUGAUACAGAUGUUAUCUACGCUUCACGUCAUAUUCCCGAUAACGUUGCGGAAGCGAGGGCAUUUCAAGCCGCCUUCAUGGUGCAUCAGCCGCCAAGCAGACUUCCAGUGCAACAGAACCUCCUUAGUUUGUUGACUCAGUGGCAAAAUGUCCAGGGCAUUGGCGAGGCGUUCAGUUUACAGUACUCCAAAGACUGGCUUCAACCGACUUUUUCAGAUGUCUUCCUUUCUGCGUACGACCACUGUCGCAGGGCUACAAAGAAGGACACAUCUCGGCUGGUGUUCGCCCUGGCUUCGGUAGCAUACAGCUUGUUGGAUGAUGAUGCGCUCGUGCCAACACUCCUAGCUUUCGCUACGGUUCCCGAAAUUCGCAGCCUGGGAGGCCCUCCGAAGUUCACCUCUUACGAUCUCUCGGAUGGUUUCAUGCUGUCCGAUACGAGAUUGGACAAAAUCAUCAGUUCGUGCUCCAUAGAUUACGAAAACAGCCAGGAGAGACACCUACCUGCAAUGCCUGGCGAUGAUGAAAAGACUCUGGGGCAGCGUCGUUAUUCAGCUUUCGAAGACAAGUGUCGCUCUGAAAAGCAAGUCAUUCUCAGCAAAGUUCGGGGUGCCUGGCCAUGCGAAAAUCCUCCGGCACUUAGUACGUUGAAAGUGAAGUGCUACAAUCUCAAUGAGCUAGCAGGGAAACUUUCCCCAGUAUUUCGCAGCUGUUGGCAAAACCAUCAUCUGAAGCUACACCUGGAUGGCCUGCAGGGAAUGCUCAAACGGCUCUACACGCCCAAACCCCCUUCAAAACUACCCUCUCAGUAUCGUCUUGAUUCUCACCUUGAGAGCUCAGAUGUUGCAUCACCGGCCUCAUCCGUUGAUGCCCAGUACCUUUUCAAUAGAGAUCCGCCUGUGACAGGCAUGUACGGGUCUUCCCAAGUUCUGCCUAAUGCCAUUCGGAAAGAUUUGGUAUUUCCAGACUCCCGAGUUACAGCGAGGCUGCAACGGUUGAUUAACGACUUUCGCGCACAAGGAAGUGACAAGUUUCGCCGCAAAUACGCCGAUGAUCUGGACCAGAGCAUGUCAAUUUACUGUGACGAAAAGAUCGUUGCCCCACCAGAUUCUACGCCUUACACGAUGGAACUACUGCUUGAGUACCAUUCUCUCCAUAGCCUGCAAUUCCAAGAUUCACUCGCAUCAAUUUCACACGCCCUCUCCCCCUCCUCUGCGGCUGAGGACACGUUGUAUAAUGCUGGAUUAUGGCCUCGAGUUACACCAAAUUUCCUUUUCACACGCAUGGCUUCUGCAGCAGGAAAUUCUUUGGGGAAGGCUUGGCGUGCUACUCUUGUUCAGCUGUCGCAGAUACUUUUGCAGCUGCAACACUCGCGAAGGCUGUUGGUCUUUGCUGCGAAGAAAAACUGGGUCGAGUUCUUCAAAGAGUUGGAGAGCGAAAGAUGUGAAGGAUUUGAUCCGGAGCUAUACUCUGACUGGCUUUUAAUACAGAUCGAAAGUCAGUUCUUGGCACGGCCAGUCCAGGUCAAGGUUGCGCUGGAGAUGAUGUCACCAUCCACAGGAAGAAAUACUUCUCUCCAACUGAACAUGGGUGAAGGCAAAUCCUAUGUUAUCGUUCCCCUCGCAGCAGCCGCACUUUCUGAUGGCCACAAACUGAUCCGAGUAAUCGUGCUGAAGUCGUUGUCGGCUCAGAUGUUCCAACUUCUGGUUGAACGACUAAGCGGCCUCGCGCAAAGGCGCAUUUUCUAUAUCCCAUUCUCCCGCGCGCUCUCUAUCAACCCAUCGAAGGUGCAAAUGUAUCGUGACCUGAUGCAAGAGUGCAUGGAUACCAAGGGAAUCUUGGUCGUGCAACAGGACCAUAUUCUGUCAUUCCAGCUGAUGGCUGUCGACCGUCAGCUGUCCGAUCAGACUAAACCUGCUGAUGAUAUGCUACGGACUCAAAUACUGCGGACUCAGCUAUGGCUAGAUAAUCACACACGCGACAUCCUGGAUGAAAGCGAUGAAAUUCUGCACGUCCGCUACCAGCUGGUAUACACUGUGGGUCUCCAAACGUCGCUUCAAGGCCAUCCGGAAAGGUGGACGACAACACAACAAGUGUUGAGUCUUGUUGCGAAGCACGCCGCUCGGCUCAUGAGCGAGCUUCCCUCUCGUUCAGAAGUAUCGAUUCGUGAGCACGGGGGAUUCCCCUUCAUUCGCAUUCUGCACCCGACAUCAGGUAACACAUUAGUCCAAUGGAUCGCAGAGGAUGUUGUCAAUGGCGCGCUUGAAAACAUCAACUUCGAUCAAGCACCUCCCCACGUGAAAGAAGCUGUUUGCCGCUUUAUCGCAACUGAGAAUAUAUCCAGUACUUAUGUCAGCGUGGUGGAGGAUCGCUAUAAAGACACUACGAUCUGGCCAGGCCUCCUAGUCCUGCGUGGAUUGCUAGCAUGUGGGAUCUUGGUGUACGCCCUCAAAGAACGUCGCUGGCGCGUGGACUAUGGCCUUGCCCAAAAACGAACUAUGCUAGCUGUUCCAUUUCGCGCAAAAGAUAUGCCCUCGCUGCGGGCAGAGUUUGGUCACCCGGACGUUGCUGUCACCCUCACAUGCCUGUCAUACUAUUAUGGGGGUCUCACGCUCCAGCAGCUGAUAUUGUGCUUCGAGCUCCUGCUCAAGCAGGAUAAUCCUACCCUCGAGUAUGAAUCCUGGGUACUUGGACUUCAGUCCGUCCCAGACGGUCUGCGUCAGCUUAGCGGAAUCAACACGGAAUCUGCAGAGCAGCUCCCUGAACUUCAACGACUGUUCGAAUUCCACAAGGCGGUCAUAGAUUUUUACCUGUCCCGAGUAGUUUUUCCCAAGGAAGCAAAGGCAUUCCCCAGCAAGCUCACCUGCUCCGGGUGGGAUCUCGCUCAAGAGAAGAGACAUCUCACCACCGGCUUUUCUGGUACCAACGACAACCGUUAUCUUUUGCCAAGCUCAAUAGUGCAGCAUGACCUCGAUUACCAACGCAGCACGAAUGCCCGAGUCCUGGCGUUCCUUUUGCGCCCAGAAAACAACUGCUAUAGACCCAUACCACCUGGCCAGAAGGUACAGCAUUUCAUCGAGGCCUUGAUAGCACAAACCCCCGAGGUCCGCGUGCUCCUGGAUGUUGGUGCACAGAUGCUGGAAUUGAAGAAUCAGGAAUUGGCCGAGGCAUGGCUUCGAGCCAAACGCGACGCCCAAGCCGCAGUAUUUGUGAAUGACGACGACGAAAUCGUGGUUAUCAGUCAGGAUGGGACAAUAGAGCCUCUUGUGUCGUCUCCCUUCGCCCAACAGCUCGACCAGUGUGUGAUAUAUCUCGAUGACGCGCACACCAGAGGAACAGAUGUCAAGUUGCCUUCUGGCUUCCGAGCUGCAGUCACGCUUGGUCCGAAAGUCACGAAAGACCGCCUGACACAAGGAUGCAUGCGAAUGCGGAAGUUGGGCAAUGGCCACUCGGUGAUGUUCUUCGCUCCAACGGAAGUUGACCGAAGCAUUCGUUCAGCGACUCAGAAAGCUGAUACAGACCGUGUUGACGUUACGGAUAUUUUGCACUGGUCGAUGCUCGAAACCUGUCUUGAUAUUCAGAUGCGUGCAUUCCACUGGGUUCAACAGGGAUCGGAUUUCAACGCCCGGCAUUCCGCAUGGACUCAAUUCUCGCAUGCACCUACCACUUCGAGUUCCACCCUGAAAACAGCCUGGUUGCAGCCAGAGGAGCGUUCAUUAGAGGAUAUGUACGCACCACGCAGUCCUUCUCAAGUAUCCCAUGUCUGCGAUGCAGACAUUCGAAGCAAGUGUGAGGAGCUCGGAGUUUUAACGGGGCCCGAAAGGAGCAUGGAUGAGGAACAAGAAAGGGAGGUGAUUCACGAGGUAGAGAGAGAACGUCAAGUUCAAAGACCGCCCAAAGUGCAACCCGCAGCUCAGGACUUGCAUGCGCACGUCCGUCAAUUUGUCAAGACCGGCCGAAUUCCCAAAGGGUCUCCCGUUUUCAUUCCAGCCCUAUCCAGCCUCGUCAACACCACUACCAAAUUUCAUGAAGAUCAUCACUGGGCGCGCAAGGUUUUAGUAACCCGUGACUUCGCUCGUACGGUGGGGACUAUCCUUACCACACAGAAAGCGGAUGAAUACCUGCGGCCCGUCAAUUGGAUCGUGCUCAGUGACGUUGGAGUGCUGGUAGUGAUGAGCCCAAACGAAGUGGACGCACUGCUGCCUGAUAUCCGCAACAGUAACGCAGUUCAGUUGUGCGUAUAUACUCCUCGGACUACAAACACGAUGAAGGCAUGCGAUGAUCUUCAACUGUACCGUGUUCCUUCGACCCCACAUCUGACGCCAUUGGAACCGCUGAUUUUCCAGCUCAACCUUUUUGCGGGUCAACUGUAUUUCUCCAGUUACGAGAUGUACCUCUGCACUUGCAAUUUCUUAGGGCUCAACGCGCCGGAUUUGGGGGACGAAGACUUGAUAGCCGAUAGUGAUGGAUUCAUCAGGGAGGAGAACCGCUCUUCUGCGAGAGCAUCGUGUUUGUUCAAGCAAUCCCAGCUUCCUCCGCUGAAGAGGUUGUUCGGAAUGAGAAGGAAAGGCAUGGGGUAUCUACCAACUCACCUCGGAAAGAUGUUCAAUGGGCGCAUUCUGACCGAGGGGGAUUUUCUGGAAUGA